AUGAGCCCGGGGCUGCUGCUCCUUGGCAGCGCCGUCCUGCUCGCCUUCGGCCUCUGCUGCACCUUCGUGCAUCGCGCUCGCAGCCGCUAUGAGCACAUCCCCGGGCCGCCGCGGCCCAGCUUCCUUCUUGGGCAUCUCCCCUAUUUUUGGAAAAAGGACGAAGCUUGUGGCCGUGUGCUCCAAGAUGUGUUUUUGGAUUGGGCAAAGAAGUAUGGUCCUGUUGUGAGAGUCAAUGUCUUCCACAAAACCUCAGUCAUCGUCACGAGUCCUGAAUCAGUCAAGAAGUUCCUGAUGUCCACCAAGUACAACAAGGACUCCAAGAUGUACCGGGCGAUUCAGACUGUGUUUGGAGAGAGACUGUUUGGCCAGGGCUUGGUGUCUGAAUGUGACUAUGGGCGCUGGUACAAGCAGAGAAGAGUCAUGGACUUGGCCUUCAGCCGCAGCUCCUUGGUUAGUCUGAUGGAGACGUUCAACGAGAAGGCGGAGCAGCUGGUGGAAAUCCUAGAAGCCAAGGCCGAUGGGCAGACUCCGGUGUCCAUGCAGGACAUGCUGACCUGUGCCACCAUCGAUAUCCUGGCCAAGGCGGCUUUUGGGAUGGAGACCAGCAUGCUCCUGGGUGCCCAGAAACCCCUGUCCCAGGCAGUGAAGGUCAUGCUGGAGGGUAUCAGUGCGUCCCGUAACACCCUGGCGAAGUUCAUGCCCGGGAAGAGAAAGCAGCUGCGGGAGAUCCGAGAGAGCAUCCGUCUGCUGCGCCAGGUGGGGAAGGAUUGGGUGCAGCGCCGCCGCGAGGCCCUGAAGAGGGGUGAGGACGUGCCCGCCGACAUCCUCACGCAGAUUCUCAAAGCUGAAGAGGGAGCCCAGGACGACCAGGUCCUGCUGGACAACUUUGUUACCUUCUUCAUAGCGGGUCAUGAGACUUCUGCCAACCACCUGGCAUUCACAGUGAUGGAGCUGUCUCGCCAGCCAGAGAUCGUGGCAAGGCUGCAAGCCGAGGUGGAUGAAGUUGUCGGUUCCAAGAGGCACCUGGACUACGAGGAUCUGGGAAGAUUGCAGUACCUGUCCCAGGUCCUCAAAGAGUCUCUGAGGCUGUACCCACCAGCAUGGGGCACCUUUCGCCUGCUGGAAGAGGAGACCCUGAUCGAUGGGGUCAGAGUUCCCGGGAACACUCCUCUCCUGUUCAGCACCUAUGUCAUGGGGAGGAUGGACACCUACUUUGAAGACCCACUGACCUUCAACCCCGACCGCUUCAGCCCGGGAGCGCCCAAGCCACGAUUCACCUACUUCCCCUUCUCCCUUGGUCACCGCUCCUGCAUCGGGCAGCAGUUUGCUCAGAUGGAGGUGAAGGUCGUCAUGGCCAAGCUGCUUCAGAGGCUUGAGUUCCGGCUGGUGCCUGGGCAACGCUUUGGGCUGCAAGAGCAGGCUACCCUCAAGCCACUGGACCCAGUGCUGUGCACCCUGAGGCCCCGGGGCUGGCAGCCUGCACCCCCACCCCCACCCUGCUGA